GAUUGGGCCCCAUCCCACAAACCCUCUUAAUAAUUCCAUCAUCUUCGUCUCCACCACCACCACCAUCAUCGUCGUCAUCCCAUCUAUCUCUUCUUCUUCUUCUUCUUUCUUCCUCCCUCUCCAUCUUUCACUUCAUUUUCUCUCCCUCCCUUUCAUAAAACUGAGUCUUUCCUGAGUUUGAAAUUUUCUAUUAUUUUUAUGUUGUGGGGGAGAUGGGUUUGGAUUUGGAAGAGUGACACUUCCUAGUUUUCCCUUUUUAUUAAUUAUAUUUUCUUUCUGUGAUGAUGAUGCGAAGGAGGCUUGGGAUCUUCCCUGUCACCAAACACUUCUCCUUCCCUUCUUCUUCUUCUUCUUCUUCUUCUUCUUCUUCUUCUUCUUCUCUCUCUCUUUUGAUGUAUCCCUUGGUUCAUCUUCUCCUCUGAGUUCCUGUACAGCCACAAUUCUCUCUCCCCCUCUCUCUUUCUAUACAGUUAUCUCUGUCUCUGUGUGAAACAAAAAGGGCUUGUUGUGGAUCCCCAGAGAAGGAAAGAAAGGUAUAAGCUCAUACAUACAUAUCAGCAAAUGAUUUGAAAAGGAAGACCGAAUUGUAUAUGAAGGUGUCCAAUCAAAUCAAGCACUACUGACACUUCAGAGCUAGCUAGAUACCUCUUUCAUUCGGUGAUCCAUUUCCAGGUAAUUAAUAACAUAUAAGUAGCCAUGGAUGCUGUUUCAGUUGCAUAUAAACCUUUUUUCCCUUAAGAAAUGGCACAGUAUGUAUGUCUGUCUGUCUGUAUUACAAGGGAGGGAACUGACAAAAUGGGUAACGAUUCAACUUUCUUUUGGAUUAAUUAAGUACGGCUGUAAGCAGCAGGAGGAGAGUACUGCUCACUCUCUGCAGCUUCCAUCAUCUAUGGCCGCUUAAUUAGCAUAAUUAAUGUGGGGUUGAGUUAGUUUUUCUAGCCGUCACAGUGGCCACCCAGCAUCGCUUAAUUUAAUUGUAGUACAGAGACUAAAGACUCAUGUAGCUAGUAAUGAAGAAGAAGAAGAUGAAGAUGAAGUUACUGCUGCUGUCUGCUCUCCUGCUGCUGAUGAUGAUUGCCAAAAUUAUGUAGCUAGUAGUACAGUUGGUAGCUGAUGACGCACGUGUUCUUCUUCUUUUCGUGUUUUUUUUUUCUGCAACCAUUACUGCGAUUUACUUAAGUCCCUCUCUCAGUUCCCAGCUUCUUCUUCUCUCUAUAAAAUAAAAUUUCAUAUCCAGUCACUGCAAAAGUUGAACAAGUUUUCCCUCCAUAGAUAUAUAAUUCCUUCCUCUCCUUUACCAAAUCUUUCUCUGCUCUGCUCUCUCAUCUGUUCUGUCAGAGAUGGGCUGAUCCCCAAAUAUAAAAAGGACAAAGCUUUUUUUUUUCACCCAACCCAAAGGUCUCUGUCUCUCUCUCUGCCUGUCUGCACGAAUGACUCAUUUUCUUAUUUUAAUCAAUUUUGUUCAUAUGUUAAGCGCGCUCUCUCUCUCUGACGCUUUCUUUUCUCAUCCAAUUUGAUUCUCCCUUACUUACAUGAUAUAAUUUGGUCCUGAUUUGCUCCUUUUCUUUUGUUUGCAGCUCCGAUACAUCAUAAUAUAUUAAAAUAGAUCCACAAACUAGUGUGUCAGUCGCCCCGGGAUUGGCUGCUGCUAAUCACCAUCCAUCGAUGGCGACGUACUACCACGGCAAUCCCGAAAUCCAACAAACUGCCGCGGCGGCGGAGGGACUCCAGACCCUCGUCCUCAUGAACCCUUCUUACGUCCACUACUCCACCGACACCGCUCCGCCGCCGCCCCACCACCACCACCAAAACCCAAACAACCUCCUCAUCCUCAACGCCGCCGCCGCCAACCCCCUCUCCUCCCCUCCACCGCCGUCCCCCCACCACAACCACUACCAAAACCAGCAGCAGCAGCAGCAGUUCGUCGGCAUCCCACUGGACCCCAACUCCCACCACCACCACCACCACGACUUGGGCCUCAUCCCCCGCCUCCAUUACAACCUCUACAACGCCGCCGCCGACCUCUCCCCCUCCGCGCGUGACACCCCACGCGCCCUCUCCCUCAGCCUCUCCUCCCAGCAGCACCACCACCACCACGCAGCCGCCGCGACCGGGUACGGCUCCCAGUUCUCCUCCGGCGAGGAGAACACCCGAGUGGUGCCGGGCGGGUCGGUUUCGUCCAAUUCCGCGGCGGCGGCCGGUGUGGCCCCCGCCGCCGCCACCACCGGUAUGCAAGGCGUGUUGCUCAGCUCCAAGUACUUGAAGGCCGCUCAGGAUUUGCUCGACCAAGUCGUCAACGUCAACGCUGACGGUAACGGUAACGGAACCAACGGCGGAAACAAGCACCCCGAAGCCGCGUCCAAGAAGGCCAGUAAUAACAAUCACAACAAUUCCGCCGGCAGCAAAGCGGCGGAGCCUGGCGAAUCGUCCGCCGGUGAUGCCGCCACGGCGCCGCCAGAGCUUUCCACCGCUGAUAGGCAGGAGAUUCAGAUGAAGAAGGCCAAGCUCAUCAGCAUGCUCGAUGAGGUGGAGCAGAGGUACCGGCAGUACCACCACCAGAUGCAGACGGUGAUAGCGGCGUUCGAGCAAGCGGCGGGGAUCGGUUCGGCGAAGACUUACACGGCGCUGGCGCUGCAGACGAUCUCGAAGCAGUUCCGGUGCCUGAAGGACGCUAUCACGGGGCAAAUCAAGGCGGCGAGCAAGAGCUUAGGGGAAGAGGAAACCGCCACCGCCGGGGGGAAAAUCGAAGGUUCCAGGCUUAAAUUCGUUGAUCAUCACCUCCGGCAGCAGCGGGCGCUUCAGCAGUUGGGAAUGAUCCAGCACAAUGCUUGGAGACCCCAGAGAGGCCUGCCGGAGAGAUCCGUUUCCAUUCUCCGAGCUUGGCUCUUCGAGCACUUCCUCCAUCCAUAUCCUAAGGAUUCUGACAAGCAUAUGCUGGCCAAACAAACGGGGCUUACCAGGAGUCAGGUUUCUAAUUGGUUCAUCAACGCUCGAGUCCGGCUGUGGAAGCCAAUGGUGGAGGAGAUGUACAUGGAAGAAAUGAAGGACCAGGAACUGAACGGGACAGCAGGGGAGAAGGCCACCAAAACCGAUCACAACAACAACAACGAGGAUUCGUCUUCCAAAUCUGUUUCAUUCCACGAGACUCAAAUCAGAAGCUCCUUCAACAACAACUCACCAAACCAGCAUGUUCCCUCCGGAAUCUCAAUCUCCACGGGAGCUUCAACUUCCCCUGCUGCCACCGCCGGCAUCCUCCGAAACCAGCACUCAGCUUUCUCCCUCACAGCAUCAUCAGAGCUUGAAGGGAUCACUCAGGGUUCCCCCAAGAAGCCAAGAAACCACCACAUCGAUCUGCUGCCGUUGCCAUCCCCCACCAGCGUGGUGUCCACCAUGGAUGUGAAGCCCGGCCAUGAUUCGAGCGACGACCACCUGAUCAAGUUUGUGGACGAGAGGCAGAGCAGGGAUCAUGGGGGUUACUCGUUCAUGGGCGCACAGACAAACUUCAUGGGAGCAGCUUUCGGGCAGUACCCAAUUGCAGAGAUUGAAAGAUUCAACGCCGAUCAGUUCACUCAGAGAUUCUCCUCCGGCAAUGGAGUCUCACUCAGUCUCGGCCUUCCACACUGUGAAAACCUCGCGCUGCCAGCUACCCACCACACAUUUCUCCCCAACCAGAGCAUUCCUCUGGGGAGGAGGCUCGACCUGGGAGAAACGAACGAGUUUGGGGCUAUCACCACCACCGCGCCCCACUCGUCGUCGAUGACGUUUGAGAGCAUCAAUAUUCAGAACAGGAAGGGGUUUGCGGCGCAGCUUCUGCCGGACUUUGUGACCUGAAUCGGCCGCCGGUGAAGCAGAAAAGGCACUUGGGGAUAGGUAAGGAAGUGCAUGGUAUUUAUGACAUGCAUGAUGGUUAUUGGUGAAAGAAGCUGCCUGCAAUGGAGGUGGAAAAGCAGAUCGCUUUUUUUACGUUCUAGUAUAGGUGCUUUAUACUUUGGGUGGAGCAGUAGAACCAUUUGAGUUCAUAGACAGGGUAGGGGGAGGAUGAGUAUAUUGAUUUGGAUAAAGAUUUGUAUAUUAAUUUUGCAAGUUUUGAUGAUGAUGAUUGGACAUAUAAAUAGCAGAUAUAGUUUUAGGUGGAUUGGGUUUGGUAAUGUCAUAAGAAUCAGGGGAUUGGGGGUAUACAUAAUGGAGUAGUGUAUAUUGAUUGUGAGCAGGAAUAAGAAUAAGAUUGUUGUAAUUUCGUAUGCAUUUUAUUUAUCGAAUUUAGCAGAACUGGGAAGUGGUAACUCCUCUAUUUUUGUUCACAUUUUAGUUUGGACAUUAUGUUUCUUUUGUGGCGAGAAGUCUAAGCAUGUAUUGUUUUUUACUAAUUAGUUUUAGUUUGGAGAUCUCAGAGGUGUUAGACAUUUGCAAAUAUGCGACAUUAGUAUUGUAUGCCAGGAUGGUCUUCUUAGAUAAUUAUGGUCUGGGAUAGAGUCAGUAACCAAUGGUUACUGACCUAUCAGUAAAUGCAUGCACACCGU